AGUUUCUGCCAUGUAAAUAGCUGGUUUAGAAAUUUGUAAUAACAAGCAGUACCUAAUGAGUUGGUCGGUGAGUUUAUGUCCAAUAUGGAUAUUUUUGACAUGAUCACAAAAGUAACCACAUAACAACACGCUAUGUAUUCUGAAGACUUCAGCAGAACAUAAGACAGAAGUAGUUUUAGUUGUUAUGGAUCUAAUUUACACACCAUGGCAAAUAUAAAUAAUAGCUAAUUGUUUUGGUUUUAGUUACACUCAGUUCAAUUGCUUUGCAAUCCUUUGUAUUUUCACAAAAGAUUUCCCCCACAAAGCAGCUUUUCUGAAUCCCUGGCGGGCGUGCAGGGAAAAUCCUCACUAUGGAGUCAGAUCUGUAGCUGAGCCAAUGAUAUUGUUUGUCUGUUUGUUUGUUGCACUCUCCCUCUAGGAGAUGUAUAAUGUUGGCUUGCUGCAGUUCACGGUGUCACCUAAAGGCGGCCUGUCCACUGUGGCUUUCGUUGGACUGAGGAUUUAGACUGCAUUAGUGCAGGUCUGAAUCGGAGCAGGUGGUGGAGAGUCAGGGAUUGAGAAGAAGAAAAUAAAAGAGUGAGGGAGGGAGGGAGGAGUUUGUGUUGCAAACAUACAUGUAUGUACAGAUAAGACAAGAGUGGGAAGAAGUGGAGGACACAAAAACGGAUAAGAUUGCAGAAACGCAUACGAGUACAAAUCAAGAGAUGGAGUUGUGUGAGAUAUUAGAAGAAAAACGACGUCUAGACUGCCGUGGUAAUCUGGGACACGAGCCGUGCUAAACAGGUCACUGCAAACUUACACAAACAUAUGGACAAAAUGGGGGCCAGUCGUCCAUUGCCCAGUGCGCCUAAAGAUUCGUUAAGUGCUGCAAUUGAGGCCAUAAGUGUGAGCACAGAACUUGUCGAGGACGAGCUGAAGCCAUAUUUGGAUGCAGUGUUGAAUGUUGCCAUAGAAAGAAAAAACGGUAUUUCUGAGCAAGUGGUGGAAAGUGGGAUUCUCCCAGUUCUGGCUCAGAUUUUAAGAAGAAAGAGCACACUCACCACUCACACAGCAAGACUGGUCGCUGAACUGGCCAGAGAUGACUUGCAGCAGGAGCGCUUCCUGAGGCUUGGAGCUGUCCCACGACUGGUGUCGGUUCUUCUCCAACACAGUAACAAUGAAGCACUGCGGAGCUCUUGCCUUCUGGCCUUAUGCAACCUGGCCGACAUGGGCGAAGAGGAUGGCUCUAUGCUCUCCUGGGAGGAAGGGGCUCAUUUCGGAGAGGGAGAGCAUGUGUUUCGCGGCACCUCGCGGUAUUCUUUCGGCUUCUCUUCGGCAGUGACUGUGGUCAGGCUGAAACAGUGGACCAACGGUCAAUACUCUGUGGCAGUGGAAGUGCUUCAAAGAUGCUCCACAAUGCUGUGGGGCGCAAACAACGGCCACCAGAAUGGACACCGCUUAUCAAACUUUUCCAAUCUAAGCAGUUGCCCAAAAUUGUAUAAAGUUAUCAAAUGUUCGGUGAAGAACAUCCCGAGAAACAGGAAUCUGAGGGCAGCAGUGCUUCAUACCCUCCUGUGAAGCUUAAUUGUCUUGGACUAAUGCUAUUAAUGAAUGUUUGAGGUGGCCUAAGCGGGUGAUCUGGUGUAAACCACGUCCCGACAUUUAAGGAGCUCAUUUCAGCCAUUUAUGUCAGAAAAUGGAUCUGAAAGACAUACAGUAUAACUGCUAUCGCUGAGGAUACCGAUCAAAAUACAGGUCACAAGACAUGUUGUGUUCAGGCAGUUUGAGACUUAGAGAUCUGUGCUGGCUGUGCACAGAACACGAGAACAGGUGGACGCCGAGCUGCAAUCUGCUAGCCUUUCUGAACUCUCUGAUUAGUCCAUAAGAGGCCUUACAGUAGUGGAUUAUCCAGACCCAAUGUUCAGGGUCAGAGCAGCUACACUCACCCAGGUCACAAUAUGCAACUGUGUUGCAAAAUGCACCAAGGGAAAUGGAUUUACAGAUGUCAGUUUUGACUUACUGUAUGUUUACAGUCUUCGGGUAUAGGUGAAGGCAGAUUAGCAAAUGAAUCAGUGGUACUAACCAGUAUAACUGGGUUUCAAAUUGGAUGAGCACAGCAAAUAAUAAAGUCCAUUCAUAACCAUAUAGAAAACCUCUGCUCAAGUGGCCUAUACCCAUAUUUUACGCAAGUAGGCCCAGUGAUUUCACACUAUACAGGGUUCCAACAGACAUGGAAACAAGUGGACUUGAAGUUACUAGAUUUCCCUGUUCAAAUGUUUAGGGUUGUUCAUAUUAAAAAAUAGUUCUAAUAUACAGUUGAAGUCAAAAUUGUUAGCCCUCCUGUACAUUUCUUUCCCAAAUGAUGUUUAACAGAGCAAGGA